AUGUGCAGUGAGGCAGAUCAUAAACAGAGCCAGUCUGUCGCUAAGUUCUGUAUUUCACGUGAUUGGGAGGAGAUGAGCGGUUUGGAUGAGGAGGGCAACAGCGUCCGCACCUUUCAGAUCUGUCCGAUGGACACGGCAGUGAGUCACUGGCUGCGCACGCGCUUCAUCCCGCGGCGCGGAGCGACUCAGGUGUAUGUGGAGAUCCGCUUCACCGUGAUGGAGUGUUCGGCCAUGCCUUCCAGCUUCCGCACCUGCAAAGAGACCUUCAACCUGUACUAUUACCAGAGCGACGAGGACAUAGCCAGCAGCACACACCCCGCCUGGAUGGAGAACCCCUACAGCAAGGUGGACACGGUCGCAGCUGACUUCCUGUUGCGUCGUGGCGGAGAAAGGAAGUCUAACGUGAAGACGGUGCGCAUGGGUCCGCUGUCGAAGAAGGGCUUCUACCUGGCGUUCCAGGCUCAGGGCGCGUGUAUGGCCCUGCUCUCCGUCCGCGUCUUCUUCAAGAAGUGCCCCGCCGCCACCCGUGCCUUCUCCUCCUUCCCCGAGACGCUCCCUCACUCGCUGGUGCAGCAGGCCGAGGGCGUGUGUGUGACAAACUCCGCCCCCACGGGCCAAGCCCCGCCCACCAUGUUCUGUGGGGAGGACGGCCAGUGGGUGGGGCCUCCCUCGUCCACCUGUGUGUGUAAACCAGGGUUCGAGCCGGUGGACUCCGACCGCUGCAGGGAUGAUAUUUUGAAACUGGUCAUGUCUAUGAAUCCAUCUACGUGCCUUCCUGAUCCUAUGCCUAUUGAGGUGUUGAAACCGUGUGCAACAUUCCUGGGUCCCUCUAUUACUGCAAUCAUUAACACCUCUCUAUCUACUGGAAAGGUUUCCUCAGUCCUCAAGCUAGCUGCCAUUACACCAGUUCUUAAAAAGACUGGUUCUAAUGUAGAGGAUUUGUCAAACUACAGGCCUAUCGCUCAUCUUCCAUUUUUGGCUAAGCACACACACACAUACGUAUGCAGGUGCUCAUAUGACCUCUGCCCUGUUCCUGCAGGACUGCCGUCGGCUCCGCGCAGCAUCGUCUAUCAGAUUAAUGAUACGGUGGUGACGCUGGAGUGGUCGGAGCCGCUGGACCGCGGCGGGCGCUCGGAUCUGUCCUACAGCGUGGAGUGUGUGCGCUGCAGAGGCUCCACCUGCGUCCCGUGCGCAGACAGCGUCACCUACAGGCCGGGGCAGGUGGGCGUGGCCGGGAGGCGGGUCAUCAUCCGCGGACUCCUCCCACACACCACCUACACCUUCACCGUCAUCGCCCAGAACGGAGUGAGCGCUGUCAGUCACACAAGCCCCGCCUCCAGCUCCGUCAACAUCACCACCAGCAGAGACGUGGCCGUUCCAGUGUCCGGCAUCAGGAGGACUAAAGCGUCUGAGAGCAGCGUCUCCAUCAGCUGGACGGUUCCUCCGCAGACGCAGCACAGCAUUCAGGAGUAUCAGCUGCGCUACAGUCUGAAGGAUCAGGAUGAUGGAUGGCAGUACGUCAGCAGUAAAACCAACUCUGUGGUUCUGAAUGAUCUGACCCGCGCGUCACAGUACCAGGUGCAGGUCAGAGCCAGAACCGCCGCGGGAUACGGACACUUCAGCCCUGCCGCCAACAUCAGCACAUUACCUGAUGAUGAAGAAUCUCCGUCGCGGCUGUUACUCACCGGUGUCCUGGUUGCUAUAGGAUUGCUCAUUCUCAUCGCCGUGGUGAUCGUUGCCGUGUUCUGCUUCAGGCGCUCCAGCCGCACACGGGACCCGGACCCGGAUAAGAGCUGCCAGUUCCUGAUGGGUCAGGGGAUUAAAGUGUACAUCGAUCCGUUCACAUACGAGGAUCCGAACGAGGCAGUGAGGGAGUUCGCUAAAGAGAUCGACGUGUCGUUUGUGAAGAUCGAGGAGGUGAUCGGUGCCGGUGAGUUCGGUGAGGUGUGUCGCGGCCGGCUCAAGGUUCCCGGGCGGAGAACUCGUCUGACCCCACAUACACCAGCUCACUGGUCUGACAUAAUUGUGGGCGGGAAGAUCCCGAUCCGCUGGACGGCUCCUGAAGCCAUCGCCUUCCGUAAGUUCACCUCGGCGUCAGACGUCUGGAGCUACGGCAUCGUCAUGUGGGAGGUGAUGUCGUUCGGAGAGAGGCCGUACUGGGACAUGAGCAACCAGGACGUGAUCAACGCCAUCGAGCAGGACUACCGCCUGCCUCCUCCCCCAGAAUGCCCUGCGUCUCUGCACCAGCUGAUGCUGGACUGCUGGCAGAAGGAGAGAUCGUCUCGCCCGCGAUUCUGUGCCAUCGUCUCUGCCCUCGACCGACUGAUACGCAACCCGGCCUCACUCAAGAUCACCGGACGCAUCCCAGACGGGCCGUCUCACCCUCUGCUGGACCUGCGUCCCCCGCCGCCUCUCUCUCACUGCAGCUCAGUGUCCGACUGGCUCCGGUCCAUCAAGAUGGAGCGAUACGAGGACAGCUUCCUGCAGGCCGGAUUCACCUCCAUCCAGCUCGUCUCACACAUCUCCACCGAGGAUCUUCUGCGGAUCGGCGUGACUCUAGCGGGACACCAGAAGAAGAUUCUGUCCAGCGUCCAGACGCUGCGGGUCCCCGGCGGCUCCCUGCGAUACUGACGCUUCCCAGCAGUCCCUGCUUUUGCUACCAGCUCAGACUGAUCGACCAAUCACUGUGGAGCACCACAGAACCAGCCAAUCAGGACAGAGACAGACAUCUCUGAGGUUUAUUCUCUUCGUUUCAUUCAGACUGAUGGAUUCUUCUCGUUGGUCUCAGGAGCGUCUCGUGAAGAGACAGAUGAGUGUUACAUCAGAGACAUUAGAGGAAGACGUGUUACAUUCUGGGAGCUUAAUUGGAUCUUCACAUUGAAGAUUCAAUAUAAUUAUUAUUAUAAUGUGAGAUUAUUUUGUAAUUAUUAUUUUGUACGUAUCAAAACAGAACAAAUAAUGACUGAAUGUUUGUUUUGCAAAAGUACUGUGGGAGCUGUCAAUCAAGCCAAGUGUAAUCCGUGUGACCAAUCACAUUAAAGAUCUGCAUUGGCCCCUCCCAGAAGAGCUGCUGCUGUGUGUU